UGUUUUGACAGCCCUAAUUCGUAUCGUAUACAGAAUAUUGGUAAAAAAAAAAUCUCGGUUUGAUGCUGCUCCUGAGACCUGUGGAGGAUUACUUGGACGCCCAGUAGCAAUAUCCUUUAGCAGAGUUCUCAGCCAGCGCCCAGCAUGUCCAGUUCAAACGGAGGCGUGGCAGCUGGGGGCGCAGGAAGCAGUGGCGGAGGAAGCGUCGCUUCGCCUGGCGAUUGGAUUUGCCCAGAUUACGACUGUCGCCAUCUCAAUUUCGCGCGCCGUUUGCAGUGCAACAAAUGCGAUCGGGACCGCGAAAGCAGUGAAAAGCCGGAGCGGGAUAGGGAUCGAGAGCGGGACCGUGGAAACGGGAGCAGCAGCAGUAGCAGCAGCUCCAGCAAGAAGAAGCUGGGGACGGAGAUCGGGAAAGCGGCGGCGGACAAGUCGCGGGGUUUGUUUAGCGCCGAGGACUGGCAGUGCAGCAAGUGCGCCAAUGUGAACUGGGCACGUCGCCAGACCUGCAACAUGUGCAACGCUCCCAAGUUCUCGGACGUGGAGGAGCGGACUGGCUUCGGCGGUGGUUACAACGAUCGCGGGGUGGUGGAAUACAAGGAUCGCCAGGAUUCGGACAGCGAAUACGAUGAGUUUGGUCGGCGCAAGAAGCGGAAGCACGGCGAGCAUCGAGAGGACUCGAAGCGGGCCAGGAGGUCCAGUCGGGAUGAGGUGCGGAAAGUCGAUGACGACGAUGAUGACGACGAAGAGGGCGACGACGGGGAUCUCUCAAAAUACGAUCUUUGGGGCGACGACGAGGUCACUUCCACGGAUGUCAAGAGCAAAGUAGCCACGGGCAAUGGCGACAAGGAGCGCAAGCGUACCUCUCGCGACUCCACCUCUUCAGUGUCUUCCUCUUCGUCGUCCAGUUCGUCCAGCUCCAGCUCCAGCUCGUCGUCGAGCAGCUCGAGUAGCUCUAGCAGCGGCGGCAAGCGGAAAUCCGGCUCUCCCGGCAGGCGUUAGCUGUAAUCCGUACCCUUUAAGAUCUUCUCUCUGAUCGCAUGUUUUUUCAUACAUUUCUAUAAGGCAAUCAUCCUUGCCUGCUUAUUUAUUUGCCAGCCUGCGCUGCUCUCGAUCAUGACGUUGCGGUACGAUGUCGAGUUUACUCUAAAAAUAUAAUAAAACGUAUCAUUUAAGAA